CACGAGAAUACGGCAGUAAAGCAGACAAAUGAUCUCCGUUUCCGAACUGUAGGUCAGAAGGUAUUUCGUGCUUAUAAAGCAGAAGAUGAAGAUGACAAACCGGAUAAGAUUGCUAGUUCAGUAUUUAUCACUGUUUCUUUGUUUAAAUUGAAAACUUUAUGGGGGCCUUCGUGUAAUCAAGAAAGUGAAGCGGUAACUACCGCUCGUAUUAAUAAGUUAAAAGAGUUACACGCUUCCGACAUCGAAUCAUUGCGUCGCUACGAUGACAUGUAUCCUGAUUUAAAUCAUAAAAGUACUUCAGAUGUUCUCCUUAUCUGUAUCAGCUCAUCGCCAAAUGGGAUUGUACAUGAACCAUAUCCUCUAAUGUGCACUGAUAUGACAUACGGUUGGAACUGUGAAGAAAGAUAUGUUCGAUUACCAUACUCCGUAUGUAAUAUUGUUGAUGGCAUUCCGCGUUAUAGGAUUAUGAAGAAUGCUAUUUCUAAACUUUUGGAGCCACUGAAAUCAUAUGAGGAGAUUGAGGUAUGCAUCAAGAGCUAUUCAAAUAUUAAAUGUUUUGAUGCCCUCAAAUACUUUUUCGACAUUUUUUUGGAUGCAGGUGUACGUGCAAAAUAUCUCUCAAGUGUAGUGCCUUUUAUUGCGAAAUUAGCGCUGCAAAGUCCACUUUUAAUAACUCAGCCAUUACCAUUAUUGCGACGUGGUCAGUCAUGUUCGGUAACAAUGAGUCAGCAUCAAGCAGCUUCACUUCUUGCACAUGCAUUUUUUUGUACAUAUCCGAGUCGCAACAAUCUUAAUAACAGAUUCUCAUUAAUUAAUUUUAACCGUUUAUUCAGUAUGCGCACUGCAAAUGUGGUGGAAAAAUUACGAUGCUUAUUACAUUAUUUUGAUGUGAUUUCUGAGAAAAUGCCAGAAGGAUUGUUAUCUUUCCGACGACAAAAUGAUUCAGUUCAGUGUGUGUGGUCUUCUCUGCAGCUACCGUUAUCACCUCUGUAUGUGAGUUCUGUAGGCUCAAUAGAAGAUAGUGGUUAUGGAAUGUUAGAAGUGGAUUUUGCUAAUAAAUACAUUGGAGGAGGAGUACUUAGUAGUGGUUGUGUUCAAGAAGAAAUUAGGUUUCUUAUAUAUCCGGAAUUAAUUAUAUCAAUGCUUUUGUGCGAAAAAUUGGAUAAUAAUGAAGCAGUGGUCAUUUGUGGCGCAGAAAGGUUUUCGAAUUACGUUGGUUAUGGCUCAUCAUUUCGCUGGUGUCCAAUGGAAAUAAAGAAUCCAUUACCAAGGGAUCGUUUCCGUAGGCUUUGUUGUGAAUUGGUGGCAAUGGAUGCUUUACCUUUUUACAAUAAACAAAAGCAAUUCAAUAUCGAUGCAGUAAAUCGCGAAUUAUUCAAGGUAGCGGCUUAUGUCGGCUUUGCUGUCAAGGAUGAUACGUUUAAACCAGUAGCUACAGGCAAAUGGGGCUGUGGUGCGUUUGGAGGUGAUCUGGAUUUAAAAAGUAUGAUACAACUUAUGGCUUCAUCUGCACGAAAGAGACCAUUAUGCUACUUCACAUUUGGUGAUUCAAAAUUUGCAGAGGACUUCAGGAAAGUAUAUAGAGCACUAGUGAACGCUGAAAUCUCAGUUGGGGAAUUAUAUGAUAUGAUUGGCGAAUAUUGCUUCAAACAUGACAAACACAAUUCUCUGCGAUUGUUCAAAUUCAUUCUUUCGAAACUUGAGAACACUACUCACUACGGUAAAUAUCAAUCUCGCCAAAAAAUGGUUUCUUAG